GAAGGGUGGGUACCUUCAUACGGAAGUAGGUAAUGCUACCGUAUAAGGGUUAGCCAUCGGCUCCGAUAAAACAAAUACAUUUUCUGCUUUGUAUUAUAAACUUUGUUCACCUGUCAAACUUGAGGUCCUGUCCUGUCAUUGAUACACAUUGCGGACCAUGGUAAAGUUCAGUCACUUCGUGCUGCUUCUUCUGUUUGGCGGAGCCAUGACCGUGGAGGUCCAACGCCCCCGCGGUGUCCCUUUGUCCAAGCGUCAGUUUUAUGAAGAGGACAAACCUUUUACAUGCCUGGAUGGAUCCCGCACUAUUCCCUUUGACAGAGUAAAUGACGACUACUGUGACUGUCCGGACGGUUCUGAUGAGCCAGGUACUGCUGCUUGCCCCAAUGGCAACUUUCACUGCACCAAUGCAGGUUUCCGACCAGCUUUCAUUCCUUCCUCCCGCGUCAAUGACGGAAUAUGUGAUUGCUGCGACACUACAGAUGAGUACAACAGCGGCGCUGACUGUCAAAACACCUGCAGGGAACUGGGUCGCAAAGAGAAAGAAGAACUGCAGAAGAUAGCAGAAAUUGCAAAUGAGGGCUUUAUGCUUAAAAAACAACUUAUCCAGGAGGCCAAACAUGGUCUAGAGGACAAGAAGGCUAAACUUGGAGAUGUCCAGGACAGUAAGAAAGAUCUGGAAGCGAAGGUGGAGGCUCUGAGAACAGUUAAGGAGACUGCAGAGCAACCAGAGAAAGAAGCUAAAGAGCGCCAUCUGAAGGCUUGGGAAGAUCAAAAAGCUGUCAUUCGUAUGGAAAAUGACAAGGCCAGAAUGGCAGCGGUGUUUCUGGAACUGGAUGAUGAUGCAGAUGGCUUUGUCUCAGUGGCUGAACUUCAAUCUCAUUCUGAGCUUGAUCCAGAUUCUGAUGGUUCAUUCACAGAAUCUGAAGCUCAGGGGCUGUUGGGUGGAGUGGACAAAGUGGACACUGUAGCAUUUGAGACUGUCUGGAAUAAUAUUAAGGAGAAAUAUGUGUCUGAAAAUCAGCCCAAUGCAGACGUCCCACCACCAGGAGAAAGUCCACAAGAGGAAACUCCAGAUACGGUUUCCAACAAUGACUCUGAAAACUACCCUGAUGAGGACAUCCCAGAGGAAGAAGAUGAUGAAGAUGAGGAGGAAGAUGAUGAAAUGGAUGAGGAAGACUAUAAGGCCCCUGCAGCGAUGAGGACUGAUGAAAAGACUAAGGAUGAUGAUGAAGAGGGCCCUAUGCCACCCUAUGACCAAGAAACACAGGCUCUCAUUGAUGGUGCUCAGAAAGCCAGGGAUGAGUUUAAUGAGGCUGAGAAAGCUCUGCGGGAGGUGGAAGAUCAGAUCAGGAACCUUGAGAAAGAAAUCUCUUUCGACUUUGGACCCAGUUCUGAGUUUGCCUACCUCUACAGCCAGUGUUAUGAGCUGACCACUGGCGAGUAUGUCUACAGACUCUGUCCCUUUAACAGAGUGUCACAGAAACCCAAGUUCGGUGGAUCGGAGACUAGUUUAGGAACAUGGGGUAAAUGGGCAGGUCCUGAGGAUAACAUCUACUCUGUGAUGAAGUAUGAACAUGGAACAGGGUGUUGGCAAGGCCCCAACAGAUCCACCACUGUUAAGUUAACAUGUGGAAAGGAAACAGUGGUGACAUCUACCUCCGAACCCAGUCGCUGUGAAUACCUCAUGGAGUUCAUCAGUCCUGCUAUUUGCCAGGAGCCUGCAAGCUUCGAUUCAGGUCAUCCUGACCAUGAGGAGCUUUAGAAGCUCAUUAGAUGUUAGUAUUUUACAUAUUCAAUGUUUGUAGACACAUGAUUGAUUGUUACAUAUAAUCACACAAGUAACCACAACAGUCAUAUUUAAUUUUAUUAAUCUAUAUCAAAGAAGUAUAUGUACUUCGAUCUGACAAAGUACAAUGUUGCAUGUAAGGUACACUGAGUCAAUAUUGUUGCAACUGAAAAUGACUAACACUUCAAAUUUUAAAUGUAAUCCUAAACGUAUGGUAUGCUUAAUUCACACAUUAAUUAAAACUUUGUUCUUGAAAAUAAAAUAUCCAAGGAUUAUCUGCCUUAUCUAAGAGAUUUUGUGUCCUGUCUUGCAGAAUGCUCUGAAGGGAUCACAGUCAUUGCAGCAAAAUGAUUAGUUUCCAGUCUGCAUGCUGUACUUUUGUGUAAAAGUUAAGGAAAUUCCAAUGGGCAGUGAAAUUAUUGUGAUCAACACAUCCAUCUUCCACUCCUACAUGACGUGUUGAUGCUAGUGUUUCAAGCCAGCUGUAGUGUCAUUCCACUGUUAUCAAAUAAAGUUGUUUUAAUCAUA